GAUAACAGUGAACACAGUUUAUCUGCAUGCAGGGUGUGAGUGACUCUGCACAGUGUCCCAUGGCUGUGCAGGAGCUGGGCAUCAGCCUGUCCAUGAUAGGUGUCGCCGGGACCAUCCUGAUCUGCGCUCUGCCCAUGUGGAAGGUGACAGCAUUCAUCGGCACCCACCUGGUGGUCAUGCAGGUGUUUUGGGAGGGUCUGUGGAUGACCUGUGUCAGUGAGUACACAGGUCAGCUGCAGUGUAAGCUUUAUGACGCCCUGCUGGACCUGUCACCAGACCUCCAGGCGGCCCGUGGUCUCAUCUGCAUCAGCCUGUUUCUGGGAUGUUUGGGAUUCCUCAUCUUCCUCCUGGGAGCACGCUGCACCAACUGCCUGAGCCACCCGAGGAUCAAGGCUCGGGUGGUGCUGAGCUCUGGGGCCAUCUUCUGUUUGGCAGCCCUCACCACCAUAGUUGCUGUUUCCUGGACAGCCAACUCCAUCAUCCAUGACUUUCACAACCCACGCGUCCCCGAGGUGCUGAAGAGGGAGCUCGGAGCAGCCAUAUAUAUUGGCUUUGUGACAUCUGGUCUGCUGUUCCUUGGAGGAGCCAUUCUGUGCACAAGCUGCCCACCACAGAGGGCCAGGUUCCCCUCCACUGGGUACACACUGGCCAGGACACCCACACACAGCAGCUAUGCCAUCAAGAACUAUGCAGUCGGGCCUACAGUAAAGAGGAGGAGCAGGCAGGCCGUGGUCAUGGAGCAGCAGCUGGAGCUCGCUGCCCUCGGUCUGGCCUUCACCGGGUGGCUUUGUGCCAUUCUGACUCGCUGCCUGGCUCUGUGGACGGUGAGCGGCACCGUGGACAACACCACCGCUACUCUGCCAGCCUACUGGGAUGGGGUGUGGUUGCAAUGGGAUCACUGGGACUUGGCCCAAGAUGGCAGCCUGCACUGCUCCUUCUACCAGUCUCUCAUGUCUCUGUCUGGAAGUUUUCGGACGUGGAGAGCCCUCAUCAUGGCGGCCAUUGGAGCCGGGGCUUUUGCUUUGGUGAUUGGAGCGGCGGGGUUAGUGUGGUUCCCCAAGCGUGGCCAGAUCAAAGUGUUUUCUGGUGCUCUCUUUGUUUUGUCUGGAAUCCUGCUGCUGGUUCCCACAGCCUGGACGUGCCAUCACACCAGUCAGCCACUGGAGGGUGCUACACUGCUGAGGAGAGACUGGGGACCUGCACUAUACCUCGGAUGGAUCUCCUUUGCUAUGAUGGUGAUCGGAGGGGUGUUUCUCACCACCAGGUGCCCCACCACUGAGGGGCAGGUGCAGCCACCUGAGCAGAGCAGGUAUCCAAACCUGGAGGAGGAGGCUAACCACCCACUGAGCCGAAUCAACAGGGCUGCGUUCACAAGCAGCCAGUAUGAACGCAGAUCAGAGCCCAUCUGAGGGAACUGUGGUGUAAUAUUUAACUGAGUGAUUAAACUGGAAAGUCAACAUGUGAAAAGGCUGUGGACAGAUUUAACAGCAGAGGAAGAACUCUAGCUGCACAUGUUGAGUAACGAUGCACUGUAGUAGAAGCACAGCCAUGUGUCAUGUCUUAGUUUUAUUAGCUGGGAUGUGGGUAGGACUUUGAGUUUGCAUCUUGUUUUGCAUCCAUUUCUAUUAAAGUUAACACACAGUUUACACAGUUUAGUAUCAUUUUACAUGCAGUCCUCAUUUCUACAUUUAAAUACCACUGUAAAAUUGUAGUUGUGUCUGUCUGCUUGACUCGAGGCAAUUAUUGGUACUAGCAUUAUGACAUCACAGCCCUCUGAUACUUUUAAUUCAUUGUAAUGCCUUAAACAUGAAAGUGUUAACAUUGAUGUUAAAUCUUAACCCUGUACUGCACAGGUACAUUGCCCUACAUUAGAGUAAUGCCUUUUCAUAUUUGUUUUUUUGACAGAGGCAAAAAUGUUUACAUGUGAGAUGAACUCUUCUGCACAAAAGGACACUGUGGAAUAAAUUUCAUUACAAAUGAAAUAUUUGUUUACAUGAGUUAUUUGAGUUUAAGGUCCAGUGUGUAAGAUUUAGGGGGAUUUAGUGGUAUUUAGCAGUGAAUUAUCCACAGAGGUCUCUUCCUCACCAAAACAAACGGACCAGGUGAUUAAAACUCGUGAAAACACUGAAUAAAGCAGUUUCACGUUUAAAAAAACAACAAAAAAAAAGUAUUUUUCCGACUCUUGUUGCGGAGGGGCUGCUGACUAUAGUGGCUGACAUGAAAUAUGAAUAGCUCUAUCUGGAGUCAGUGUUUGGUUUGUCCAUUCUGGGCUUCUGUAGAAACAUGGUGGUGCAACACGGCAGACUCCGUAGAUGGGACCCACUCCCUCUGUAGACAUAAUCAGCUCAUUCUAAGGUAACUAAAACACAGUGAUUCCUAUUUUCAGGUGGUUAUACACUAAAGAAAACAUUUUAUUAUAUUCAGUUUCUUCUAAUAUAUCCCUGUAAAUCCUACACACUAAACCUGUAAAGGUCCACUGCGUAAAAUUUCUUGGCAUCUGGCGUUGAGGUUGCAGGACUGAAUUUUCUCAUCGUUGCCAAGCAUGUAGGAGAACUAAGGUGUCAAACACAACAACGCAAGGGGUCCAUUUAAAGCCACAAUUGUAAGUUUAAUUAAUUUAAUUUUGUUUUAAAUUCAGUUUAGUUUCAGCUGGUUCCCAGAGGGUUUGUUUAUUUCACUUAAGUUGUUACUGUUUAAAACUGUUUAGAUUUAAUGUAGUUUUUAUUGGGUGCAGUAUCAGUUUUAGUUUUAUUAUACAAGUGAUUACACACUAAUGAAAAUAUAGUUAUAUGAUAAUCCAUUUCUGCCAAUAUAUCAUCCUAAUCCUACACACUGGACCCUUAAAUUGUGCAUUAGGUUGGGUUUAACUCACUUUGCCACGGAGCACUUGAGCUGAUAUAGUUACACGAUAUGACUGGAAACAUGAUUUCUGUUUUCUUUUAACUUUGAGGACUUUCUGAUUUACAGACGAUUCUACAUCUUGAUCUCUUUUAAAAUGUGAGAAAAAAAAGUUUAGUCAAAAUCCUAAAAUAACUGAGUAUCAAAACAUUUCUUUUAGCGAUGUGAUUGUAACAUAUUUCUGCAGUUAUACCCCCAAGGACUUUAUUUUGUGUUUUGACCACAAUUUUACAAAUAAAAAUCCUUUAAAGUAUUUCAAAUCAAAACUUGUUGUUUGAUAUACUGCCCCAGUUCACUAC